UUAUAUAACAUACGGUAAUUCUAGCUGGUCAUGUGUUUCAACAGAUCUAAAUCUUUAAUCUAAAUUCCCUAUUUUAAUUAACAGUAACUCCUCAUGUGACCCCGGACAUCAGAAAUGGACCCGUUACGCAAAGCCCAGAUUAUACUAUUGUGUGACCUCUGUAAAACUGCCCACCUACAGAGUCACUGUGAACGUUGUGAUAUAAAUCUAUGUCAGACCUGUGUUGGGAAGCACCUCUCGGAUUCGUCUAUAAGACACCAAGUCGUGCCCUAUAAAUACAGAAAGUCUCUUAACUACUCAAAAUGUCCAGACCACGCCGACGAACUCUGUAAACAUUACUGUGAGAAAUGUGACAUUCCUGUCUGUUCUACCUGUGCCUCCUCAAGUAAACAUGAAGGUCACGAUAUAUCAGAUAUUCUGGAAAAACUCAGCGCUAAAACAGAAAGUUUACAGAAAGAUUUGGACGAACUUGAGACAAGAAUUUACCCGCGAUAUGAAGAAAUGGCCUCCGAUGUCCAAACUGAAAAAUUCGAGUUAGAAACGAAUUACAGGAAACUGACAACAAUUGCCGAUCAACAAGGAGAAAUCUUACACCGGGAAAUCACCGCCAUUGUCAACCAACGGAAAUCCGACAUUCAGGAGAUGAAAAACAAACACCUAUCUACCCUGAAUAAAAAUACUGAUGAAAUCACACCGAAAAUGGCGGAACUCAAACAGAUCAUGUCCGACUUGAAAUCAAUCCUAAAAUCAAAUGAUGUCUCCUUAACCUCUACUUACAAAUCUAGGAAUUCCGAAUUUAGAACAUUACCGCCUAAAGUCCGAGUUACAGUACCACGUUAUUCUGCUCAGAAAAUAAACAAAGAUCAGCUCAAUGAAAUGUUUGGUUUUCUGCCGCCAUUAUACAUUAACACAGAACAUGGCGACACAAUGAAGUCAGCAGAAGCUGUAUCGUCUCCUCCAGUCAAACCACUGCUUGAUGAGCCGCGCCUCACCGCCACCAUAGACACUGGAUAUAAAUCAUACACACCAAGCAGUGUUAGCUGUCUGAGUGAAUAUCAAGUCUGGACAUGUGGGACUAACAAAACCAUGAAGUUGCUUAACCUCCAGGGUAAACUACUGACAUCAAUAAAAACCAAGUCAGGGAACGAACCGCGGGACAUAGCAGUGACACGGGACGGAGAUCUUAUUUAUACCGACCCUGGUAAAAGAACUUUAAACCUAAUUAAGAACAAAAAGAUACAGACCGUGAUCACACUACAGGGGUGGGUACCUCUCAAUGUCUGCAGUACCGCCUCUGAUGAUCUCCUGGUUACCAUGGUCAGUGAUGAUGAAACACAAUCCAAAGUCGUGCGUUACUCCGGCUCCACAAAGAAACAAAGCAUUCAGUUUGAUGAUCAGGGUCGUCCUCUCUAUUCAUCUGGUUAUAACUAUAAAUACCUCAGUGAGAACAGCAACCUGGAUAUCUGUGUGGCUGACUGUGAAGCUAGUGCAGUAGUGGUGGUCAAUCAGUCAGGAAAACUCCGAUUUAAAUACACUGGUCAUCCCUCUAAUACCAAGCAAUCAUUUUAUCCAGUCGGCAUCACUACAGACAGCCAGAGUCACAUCCUGACAGCAGACCCUGACAAUCACCGUAUCCACAUCCUAGAUCAGGACGGACAGUUCCUCCGUUACAUUCACUGUCAUUUACGCGAUCCAUGGGGUUUAUGUGUGGACAUCAUAGACAACCUCUUCGUGGCUGAGUAUCACACUGCUAAAAUGAAGAAAAUCCAAUAUCUAUAAACACAGUGUUAAUUACACAGAUGUACAGUGUUAAUUACACAGCUUUACACAGUGUUAAUU